AUGCGUAGGAGCGCCAGUCGACUGCUGCAGCUCACAAAGUUCCUCGAGGCGGAAACCGCAGUCAUGACACCCGCCCUGGGCUUGGGCAGGUGCGCGAGGCCCGCAGGCCCCCCGCACCUGGGCCCCCGGGCUUCCUUCUCUAGUCUCAUACAUAGACCACCCGCUCAGCCUGGGACGACGGGGCGACUCCUCCCCACCCGCCAGAUGCCAGGCUUCCAGCGCUUGCCGUGCCGCGUGGCCUGCUCCACCUCCUCCUCUGCCGCCGCGUUCCCGCCGCCCAACCGCAACCUGACCUCCUCGGCAUCCAGCUGGUGGACGUCCCUCAAGUCCAGGGAGGAGGAGGACAGCCUGGACACGCGGGUGGCCCCCGAGGCCCCGCCCUCGACGGGCCCGACGGAGGCACACAAGCGCGAAAUGCACGCUGUGAACGUGGCGGUGGCCGUCAACAUCACCAUCAUGAUCGCCAAGCUUGGCGCCUGGUUCGUCACCUCCAGCGGCGCACUGCUGGCUGAGACCAUGCACAGCAUGGCCGACGUCAUGAAUCAGCUGCUGCUCCGAGCGGGGCUGCACCUCUCGCGCCGAGCGCCCACGAAGCAGCACCCCUACGGCUUCCACAAGGAGAAGUACAUCUACGCCCUCAUGUCGGCGGUGGGAAUCUUCUGCCUGGGGGCUGGGGCGGCGGUGGUUCACGGCAUCCAGUCCCUCUUCGAUCCGCCGCAGCUGGAAAACAUGGUGUGGAGUCUGGGAGUGCUGGCGGCGUCAUGCGCAGCGGAGGUGUACUCCCUCAGGAUCGCCCUCCAGAACAUCCGCAUCGGGGCCAAGGAGCAGGGCCAGACCUUUUGGGGCUUUUUGAGGAGGGGCAGGGACCCCACCACCGCGGCCGUAUUCGCGGAGGAUGCGGGGGCGGUGGCUGGCCUGGUGAUCGCAGGUACGGCCACAUACUGCUCCUGGGUCACGGGCCUGGCCUACUACGACGCCAUUGGCUCCAUCUCCGUGGGCCUGCUCAUGGGCGGCAUUGCCAUGGCCCUCAUCCGCAACAACAUGCGCUUCCUCAGGGGCCAGGCCAUGGACCCGGAGACACAUGGGCGCAUCGUGAAGCACCUGGUGGAGGACCCCGUAGUCCUCAACGUCAUCGACCCCAAGUCGGAGGAGAUGGGGGACGGCGUGUACCGCUUCAAGGCCGAGAUCCAGUGGUCGGGGGACAUCAUCGUCAGGCGGUACCUGCGGGAGCAUGGCCGGGCCAAGGUCUAUGACGGCAUCCGGGCCCAGGCCUGCAGCCUGGAGGACAAGGAGGGCCGGACGGCUCUGGAGGAGGACAUGGACCAGGCCAUGAUGUCGUUCGGGCGCGGCGUCAUUCGCACCGUGGGCGAGGAGAUUGACCGGCUGGAGAGCGAGCUCAAGGCCAUGGUCCCGGGCCUGGUGUAUGUCGACCUGGAGACCGACAAGGGACGGGCCGAGAAGGCCAUGGCACAGGCCUCCAUCGCCGUGAUGGCCCCGCUGAGCACCGUGCUGCGCCCCACAGACCCUGAGGCGCCGUGA